AUUACAAGAUUGGUAUCGGGACUACGAUUUCGCGAGUCUUUUUGCUAGUUGUUUUAAAAGAAAGUUGAACGAGAACUAAAUAUGCCUAAGUAUUAUAAAGUGGAAAUCAACAAGACGGAAUGGAUUGUGCCAGAGCGAUACCAAAUGCUGACACCCGUAGGAUCCGGCGCCUACGGUCAAGUUUGCUCUGCCAUAGACACCCUACACAACAUGAAGGUGGCCAUCAAAAAGUUGGCGAGGCCGUUCCAGUCAGCUGUGCAUGCCAAGAGGACCUACAGAGAACUGCGCAUGUUGAAACACAUGAACCAUGAAAAUGUCAUAGGAUUGUUGGACGUAUUCAGCCCCGAGAAGACCCUGGAGGAGUUCCAGCAGGUGUACCUGGUGACGCACCUGAUGGGCGCCGACCUGAACAACAUCGUGCGCACGCAGAAGCUCUCCGACGACCACGUGCAGUUCCUCGUCUACCAGAUCCUGCGCGGGCUCAAGUACAUCCACUCCGCGGGCAUCAUACACAGGGACCUGAAACCAUCAAACAUCGCUGUCAACGAAGACUGCGAGCUGAAGAUCCUGGACUUCGGCCUCGCCAGACCAACUGAAAUAGAAAUGACGGGCUACGUCGCCACUAGAUGGUACCGCGCGCCGGAGAUCAUGCUGAACUGGAUGCACUACAACCAGACGGUGGACAUCUGGUCCGUGGGCUGCAUCAUGGCCGAGCUGCUCACCGGCAGGACCCUGUUCCCCGGCUCGGACCAUAUCCACCAGCUGAACUUGAUCAUGGAGGUGCUGGGCACGCCCGCCCAGGAGUUCAUGCAGAAAAUCUCCUCGGAGUCUGCCCGUAACUACAUCCAAUCCCUGCCUGCGCUCGCGCGCCGAGACUUCCGCGAGGUGUUCCGAGGCGCCAACCCGCUCGCCAUCAACUUGCUCGAGCUCAUGCUCGAAUUGGACGCUGACAAGCGUAUAACGGCGGAACAAGCGCUAGCGCACAAGUACCUCGAGCAGUACGCGGACCCGAGCGACGAGCCCGUGUCGGCGCCCUACGACCAGAGCUUCGAAGAUAUGGACCUGCCCGUCGACAAGUGGAAAGACCUGGUGUGGAAGGAGGUGGUGGAGUUCAAGCCGCACCCGCAGCACAUGAGCACCGUCGUGGAGGUUAACCCCGAAUAACAAGUGUUACACCCCCCCCCCC